AUGUCGGCAGAGAACAAGCAGGUCACGUUCGGUUCCGGGAAGAGGGAGAUUCCCGCCCAGAAGGCGAGCAAGUGGUAUCCCGCCGAGGACGAACCAGUCAACAAGAAGGUUGGUUAUUUCUUUAAAUCUUUCGGUUUAUUUGGCGCCGGAAGGUUGGGAAUGGCUACGGGGGAAUUGAGGGAAAUGGCAGAUUGGUAGAAAAAGAGAGCGGAGGAAAAUUUUGGAUCUCUUUUCUCUGGCCAAUUCUGGAUGAAAUUAUGCAUCAACGGGGUCAAGAAGGAGGGAGGGAGCUUCUAGACUUGAAGUUUCUAGUGUCAAAAUGUAAGAGCCCAAGGACAAUAGUUAACAUGUUUGGCAGGUUCGCAAAACUCAGAAGCCUACCACUCUCCGCCCCUCCCUCAAGCCCGGCGCAGUCCUCAUCAUCCUCGCCGGCCGAUUCCGUGGGAAGCGCGUCGUCUACCUGAAGCCCCUCUCUGGCGGUGUCAUCCUCAUUACUGGCCCCUUCAAGCUCAAUGGUGUUCCCCUCCGCCGCGUAAACUCCCGCUACGUUAUUGCAACCUCUACUAUCGUUGACAUUUCCGGCAUCGACUUGAGCAAGUUUGACGAGAAGUACUUUGUCAAGGACAAGGAGGCCAAGAAGUCCAAGGAGGAGAAAUUCUUUGAGGGGGGAAAGAAGCCUGAGGUAAAACAUCCCCCCCUCUAGGCUGGACGGGAUAACUAACUCGGUUGCUUCCGGUAUCAACAGAAGAAGCCCGUCCCCGAGGUCUGCAAAGCCGACCAAAAGGAGAUCGACGCAGCAAUUACAAGGGUCAUCAAACAAACCCCCCACCUUUCGGCUUACAUUAGCUCGACCUUCUCCUUGAGCAAAGGCGACAGACCGCAUCUCAUGAAGUUUUAGAUUCUCUCUCAGUCCUCCUUUUCCUACUGGUUUUUUUUAACUAGCUCGGCCCCUUUAAAACCCCUUUUUUUCUCUACAUGUUCCAAUUCUUAUACUUUGGUCAUCGUCGUUUGUGCGGGUGUAUAUGGGCAGGGAGACAUAUGGGCAGGCAAAAAGGGACAAAUGGGAGUUCACUUGCACCUUGAUGCUUUGCAAACAGAAACAAAAAACUGAUAUUCAAACAAAAAAUCAUUGAAAUACUCGUACUAAAUAUACAAAAAAUAAUGGUAUUGGGGACUAAGCUACAUGGCUGCCGCGAUUUUCCCAGUUCGCACGAUUAACUAUGCAUAGCGUGCUUCUUUCCUCUCUUGUCUUCUGAUGCUGCAUGCGGUGGACCAAAGAGGAGGAAGGGAGGAUGGGAGGUAUGCUCCUUACGGAGCCAGAGACUACACCUCACCCUCUCCCUUUGGACUCUUCUUUCUCCUUUUCCUCAAUUCGCAGCCGGUAGAAGAUAACUCACUCCUGUAUGCUCAUAAUGCCAUCAGGAACCAAGCUAUCCCUCUCCCACUGUACCCCCCCGGCCGUACCCACGUCCGUAUUCUUAUACAUUGCGUGAUACUAGUGCGUGGGAGAUCUUGGAACUCCUAUAAUUCGCUAGAAGUAUGGUAUUUCAUUCCGCAAACUCGAUGAAGUCAUUUGGCACUUAUUCUAUUGGGAAUUCCCAAAUUUCGAGUGACCAUUCUAUAUAACUUGUGUCCACGCACGCCAAGAAACCGCUUGGGAAACCGGCACAAUGCCCGCGGUUUCGAUAGCACUGUACGAUGUUCACCCCCCCCGUCGUAAAGCUAUGCCCACCAGUGAAAUUUAGCCGAGCGCAACUGAAUGGGGGAAACCUUCGAAUGCAAUGGGAAACAGUACCUGUAACAAAAGCAAGGCCUCACUCAAGAUCUAAAGGCGCGGCGCUUCCUCCAGUACCGCAGUCAUUUGCCCACUGCAUCAUAGUGCUUUGCUACUAGCAGUGUUCGGGUGUUUCCAACGUAAACCAGGCCUCUUCUCUCUGCUAGCGUUGCGCCGGUCUUUUCCAAAGGUGCAGCCUUCUUGGUGGGCAGUGGAUGCGUGCUCCCAGCAAGCAAGCGAGAGUAAGGGCAAGUUUUCGUUCUAUGCGAGCAUAUCUGGAUUUACGGAUAAUGUCGUGUUAAAUAACGUCCUCUUCGGGGGUUCAUACUUGUAACGAGUGAUAUACCGUGACGGAUUACGGUGGUGGAUGGUUUUGCGUAGGAUAGGGAAAGGGUGUGCAAGGAGGCUUUAAUUUAUUUCUACUUUUUUCUUUGCGAUUGCUACCAAUAGGCUUAGGCGGGGUGCGUAGAGUCACGGGGACACUGGGAGAAGUUAGGAUACUCCGAUCUCCUGUGGACUUUGCACCCGUCCCGGGUGGUUCCCGUUCAUUUAUUUAUUCGUCAGCACAUGCAAAAGCACCGGAGGGGGGGUAGGUCAGGCCUGUAUUUACCGCUAUUUAGUCCCUAGUUUCACCCUUUCCCUAAUCCAAAGCUGGUAUCCUUACAGAUUGAGAAGAAAAUGUUACAAUUCAAAACAUCGCCGGGCACAAGACCGUCUCGGCCAUCGUGGGAUUCAUAUAUAAUACUUCGCUUCAAAGGUAACGAGUAGGCGGUGGUAGGUCUGUGGAGAGGGUAUCAGGUAGGAUUAGCGAAACGAUGAAGGCUCCCAAAAUGGAAGGUACUGCACGGAACUUGAAGUGCAAUCAAUAAUGGCCCGCUAACGUUUCCGGGGGGGUGACGUAGGAAAUCCGGGAGUUGGACACCCACUAAUCGGGCGGCUCAAUACCAAACUAGAAACGCACAUUGGAGGGAUACGGUACUCGUAGAUGAUCGUAGGAAUCUAUCGGAGCUUUGUUAAGGCCGGGGAAGUUGGUAUCAGAUAGUGGAUGUGUGGGGCCACUGAGGUGAUGGGAGGAAGGAGGCUUUUCCUGAGAUACGGUGGCGCAGUUCAACGCCCGGAGCUUAGACCGGGCCGGGAUAUCAUAGCUUAGCUGUCCUAAACGAGCACGGUGCUCGUACGGUGGCAUGGCCCCCCCCAGGGUGCGCAUAGUAUAAUACCUAGAUUCAUUACAGGGACGAGU